UCCGACAGGCAUGACGGUGAAGAGAAACUGGGUCACCGAUCGAGAGUCGUUUAUGUCACAGUUCUUCAGGUUGCUACUGCACAUUACCAGCGGCUUUCAAUGGAUGGACCGAGCUCACUGGACCUACUACUGGCUGCAACCGCUGUUUGAGGAUCAGUUCAUACCGAGCGGAUGAUAGGUCCGGCUGAAUCCAACCAGACUGAGACCAGAUCAGAACGCAGCUGACCGGACUGAACCAGGCAAUACCCGGGCCGUCCAGGAGGCCUGUUCCAGUCUGCUAUCCAGUUGAGGGCUCCAGAGUGGAUGGAAGGAGAUGACUUUAACACAGAGGCUGUGAUGAACAUCUGUGAUGACCUGAUGGCCGACCAAAGGAUGGACAUCUCGUCUACAAUGACUGACUUCAUGUCUCCAGGGUCUACGGACCUCAUCUCCAGCUCCAUCAGCACGCCGGGCAUGGACUACACCCGCAAGAGGAAGGGCAGCACUACUGAUUACCAAAUUGAUGGCUUCUCCUUUGAUGACAUGGACCCAGACAAAGACAAACUGGGAAGUGACCAGCAGGGCCGGAUUAAGAAUGCCAGAGAGGCCCAUAGCCAGAUUGAGAAGCGCCGGCGGGACAAGAUGAACAGCUUCAUCGACGAGCUGGCAUCGCUGGUGCCCACCUGUAACGCCAUGUCCCGCAAACUGGACAAGCUGACGGUGCUGCGCAUGGCGGUCCAGCACAUGAAGACACUGCGAGGUGCAGCCAACCCGUACACAGAGGCCAACUACAAGCCGGCCUUCCUCUCCGAUGACGAGCUGAAGCACUUGAUAUUAAGGGCUGCCGAUGGCUUCCUGUUCGUGGUCGGCUGUGACCGCGGAAAGAUCCUCUUUGUUUCCGAAUCCGUCUACAAGAUUCUCAACUACAGCCAGAACGACCUGAUAGGUCAGAGCCUGUUUGACUACCUUCACCCCAAGGACAUUGCCAAGGUCAAAGAGCAACUGUCCUCCUCCGACACGGCCCCACGAGAGAGGCUCAUCGAUGCCAAGACGGGUCUCCCGGUGAAGACAGACAUCACCCCCGGCCCCUCUCGUCUCUGCUCUGGAGCACGGCGCUCCUUUUUCUGCAGGAUGAAGUGCAACAGGCCCUCUGUCAAAGUCGAGGACAAGGACUUUCCCUCCACCUGCUCCAAGAAAAAAGCGGACCGUAAGAGCUUCUGCACCAUCCACAGCACAGGCUAUCUGAAGAGCUGGCCCCCCACCAAGAUGGGUCUGGACGAGGACAACGAGCCCGACAACGAGGGCUGCAACCUGAGCUGCCUGGUGGCCAUCGGCCGCCUGCAUCCCCACAUCGUCCCCACGCCCAGCCUGGUGGACAUCCGGGUGAAGCCCACGGAGUACGUCUCCCGGCACGCCAUCGACGGCAAAUUUGUCUUCGUUGACCAGAGGGCCACAGCCAUCCUGGCCUACCUGCCCCAGGAGCUGCUGGGCACCUCUUUCUACGAGUACUUCCACCAGGACGACAUCGGCCACCUGGCCGAGUGCCACAGACAAGUGCUGCAGAUGAGAGAGAAGAUCAACACCAACUGUUACAAAUUCAAGAUCAAAGAUGGCUCUUUCAUCACUCUGAGGAGCCGCUGGUUCAGCUUCAUGAACCCCUGGACCAAGGAGGUGGAGUACAUUGUCUCCACCAACACCGUCGUAUCGUGUCCCAUGGUGGAGGGAUCAGACUACCCUCAGUCUGCUGCCUCACCACAGAGCAUGGACAGUGUCCUUACCUCGGAGGGUGGAGGAAGGCGGACGCUGCAGACGGUGCCGGGCAUCCCUGGCGGCACAAGACCAGGAGCCGGCAAAAUCGGACGCAUGAUUGCAGAGGAGGUGAUGGAGAUCCAGAGGAUCCGAGGCUCCUCCCCCUCAAGCUGUGGCUCCAGCCCUCUGAACAUCACCAGCACCCCCCCACCUGACACCUGCUCCCCAGGGGGCAAGAAGAUUCAGAAUGGAGGGACACCCGAGCUGCCGAACACAGGGGUCCUUCCUGGCCCGGAUUCUGUAGGCUACCCCUACUCCAACCAGUCCAUCAUGAGUGACAACUCCCACCUGAGUAUAGACAUCAUGGACAACCCCGGUGCCAGCAGCCCCAGCAACGACGAGGCGGCCAUGGCCGUCAUCAUGUCCCUGCUGGAGGCAGACGCGGGGCUCGGCGGCCCCGUGGACUUCAGCGACCUGCCCUGGCCUCUGUGAGGACGUAGAGGGGGGGUCAGAGCCAACAACUGUACUGCAACAAAUAUCCAUCUUAGCUCAUUCUACUCACAGGAAAGGCUGUAGAGAGUGAAGAACGAGAGGAGCACCUUUGAGGCUCACUACCACAUUCUCAUUCGUCAUUCCCUGUAGGUGCACGUGACCCUGGUUUUGUUUUGGAUGUGAUGUAACUGAUGUGUUGCAGGGUCGCCUGCAGACUGGGUGGCCCGAGCAUUGGAUGCAGCGGAAACCUGCCGGUGGACUGAACCCAGAGUCGCUGCCACAGCACUGCUGAGACGAGCAUCUCAGGCUGUACGCUCUCGUGUCCCUGCACAGUUCAGACCCCCCCCCCCCCUCCCACACUCAAGAGUCCACUAUGGGAAAAGGACCUAUCCUCUGAGCUUUUCUGAGGUUGUUCCUUCCCGAGCCACAAGCAGGUGUAUUUCGGUCCGUUACCAUGACAUUUCCUUCAGCACCACAGCGGGUGUGUCCUUCUGCCACAGGCUGCUCCUUACUGCGCCUCACGUUCCCGCGGUUCCUACACACAUUUAAAGAGUUUCAGGCACAGAGUACCUGCUGCACAUCUGCCACAAGAGAAGAUACAUUCAAAGGUGUUUAAAGGUAAUGCACAUGCAGCUGUUGCUGUGGAAGCCAGUGAUUCAUUGGACUUGCUCAGUGGAGGUCUUCACAAUACUGGACCCCUUCCCAGAUGCACUAGUGGGGUGAUGGGAUGGGAUCCAAACUGGGACCUGAACCCCCCCCAAACAGACGGAUGCCAGAGAUGAAGCGUAAUGCCUCUGGAUCAAUACCUGAAUCAUGCUUGACAUUUAUUUUGGAUUGAUAUUUGUUAAGUCUUUUUGCCGUUCUUUCCAUCCAAAGCCCCAACGGUUGUAACCGCCCUUAGAACUCGUCUCCGUGGGGAUGAGUUAAUGAUGAAGGGGAUCCCUGAUCAUCAGGGAUUUGUCUUUCAGAAAAACUGACUGCAAUAUAAUCUGGACUGACACAUAUAGUUUCAGCUCAAUUCUUUCCCGUGGCCAUUUCUAAACUGUUGAUACAAUGAAAUAUUUGAAGAGUUGCAUAUAUAUAUAUAUUUGCCAUUACAGUGGGCUGCUGGUUUUUAAUCAUUAGUGGCUGAACAUCAGAUGGUAUCAUCUCCAAAUGGAGAUUCGAAAAGGUGCAGCAGCUAGUCCCUAUGGAUCCCUCAGUGAGUGCACAUGGAUGGGUGGUGACUGGACGUUUGACCAUGAAAUACCUCCUGAGCCCAGGCUCCACCCCCUCCUGUCCUCCUCCAAUCAGGCAUCGGCUCCAGUGGUUU